UUUGCAGUACACACAGUCCCAGCCUUCAAUGGAAGAUUGAGCUCGAUAGAGAGACAGCUGGGUCUUCCUGAUUGGGAGUUUAGAGAAAGCUUUCUUCAUCACUGAUCUGUAUUGUUAUAGGUGUGGUGUAGCCAUGAGCAAUGAUGAGAAUUGUGUUGGUGUUGGGUCGGGGGAAGAUGAUUAUUUCGACAUGGAGACAGAAGGAACUGAUAUCACGGAAGAGACGUAUGAGGCAGAUGGCCCUUUUGAGUACAAUGGGAAGAGUUUUCGUGAGUUGACGAUCAAGGACUUUGAUGGGACUUAUUUCAAAUCUGUUGAGGAUGCCGAAAAGUUCUAUGAGAUUUAUUCUUCUGCACUUGGGUUCCGGAUAAGGAAAUAUAGGCGUGAAAAGGAUUUGUCUGGCAUUAUCAAGAGAAGAAAUUGGGUGUGUACCAAAGAAGGUCAAAGGAAAGACAGAAAGGAUGAAGACAGGUCUCGUCCGCCCAAGUCCAGCAACAGAGAGAAAUGCAAGGCUGCAUUUGGGGUCAAGUAUUCCAAGGAACUUGAUGCUUAUUAUGUGAAAAGUUUUAUUACCCAGCACAGUCACGAGUUAUCAAAGUCUAACAUGGUGCAAUCGCUUCUUUCUCAUUGUGUUGGCAAGAAAGUGGAUUUGGCACAUGCAGUCAUAAUGCCCAAAGCCAAAGACAUGACCCGAACCUCUGCUGCACAUGAGAAUCACUCAUCACGUAGAAAUGAGUGUGGGGGUUCAACUACAGAAUUGGAUAUGGCACGCUCAGUUGCAUUAUGCACAGCCAGAGAGUCAAUCGAAACCCCUGCAGCAUAUGUGUAUCACCUGUCAGGUGGAAAUGAGCUUGUGGAUUUAACUAUAGUUUCGAAUCUGGAGCAGGGAGUUGCAAUGCGCAAAGGUUCAGUCAACUCUGCUGCAGCAUCUCAGAAUAUGGUUGAACCAGCAGGUGGACAUGCGUUUGUGGGUUUACCUAAUAGAACAGAUUGGGUGCAGACAGCGGCUAUGCACAACCUCUACCACAUAUGAGUAUAUAGUUCAUCCAGCAGGUGGAUAUGAAUUUGUGCAUUUAAUGAACUGGGAGUUGUAUAAUAGGAUGGACAUAGAACGCCAAGAAGCUUUGUUAAAUAGUGACACACAAGUGGCAAUUGCCUUUAUGAAUGCAAGGGCUGCAGAGGAACUUGAUUUCUUUUGCAAGUUCUGCGUGGAUGAGCAAGGCAGGCUUGGAAACUUGUUUUGGAGAGACUCAUAUUCAUUGUUCGACUACACUAGGUUUGGGGACGUAUUGAUAUUUGACUGUACAUUCAAGACAAACAUUUACCAGAGGCCCCUAGCUGUGUUUGUUGGUGCAAAUAACCAUCGGGGUACUGUUUUAUUUGGAUCUGCAAUACUGGUUGAUGAUACCCUUGAUACCUACAAGUGGGCUCUGCGGACGUUUUUGGGUGCGAUGAAGGGCAAGAAACCAAUUUCUGUUUUGACCAACGGGGAUGACAAAAUACAAAAUGCCGUAGUUGAAGUUUUUCCCAAGGCCCGACAACGUCUAUGUUCGUGGCACAUCGAGAAGAAGUUAGCUACAAUCAUUAAGGACCCUGAUGUUGUGAGAGCUGUUACUCAAUUUAUUUACAAUGCUAUACCACCAGAUGAGUGGGAACUGGGAUGGAAGUCUAUGGUAGAGACCUACAGGCUUCAAGACAAUACGUGGAUUAAUAUGAUGUACCACAGGCGCAAGAGAUGGGCAGAAACAUUUUUUAAAGGCCAU